AAUUAAUGUACAGUAACCUUGAUUCCAUCUUUAUUCAACCAUUCUAUCAGAUUGAGAUUCUUCAUCACUAUGAUUAUCUCAAUAUACGUCCGUCUGCAUCCCGUGAUCUCGCUCAGUUCAUCUGUAAGAUGAAUCAUCUGAAGAACCUCAAACUCGACGGUUGGUAUCAUGAUGACUUCUACUCAACAUCAUCGUCGAUGGCAUCAACUACAAAGAUUGAGAUUCUUGAUCUCAGAGAGAAUCUCAGUGAACGUCCGUCUGCAUCACGUGAUCUCGCUCUGUUUAUCUGUAAGAUGAAUCAUCUGAAGAACCUCACACUCCGUUUUCAGUAUCAUGAUGACUUCUACUCAACAGCAUCGUCGAUGGCAUCAACUACAAAGAUUCUCCCGUAA